AUGGCACCACCGCAGCCGCAUCAAGACCAGUACCGCCGUCAACUGGCGCCGAUACCCAGCAACUCGUACCACAGUGGCAGCAGCAGCAGCGGCAGUGGUAGGGGUGGCCUCGGAGGAUACCCAGAGCCCGGGUCCACGCCGCCGCACAUCAACCACCUGGUGCACGCAUCGCACACUUCACCACAUGCCGUGCGUGGUUCUGCCUCUUCUUCUUCUUCUGCUGGUGGCCCUCCUCUACCGCCCCCUCUUCUUCCUCCCUCACAUGCCGUCCACCCGGGCGACCGUGGACGCCCGGCUGUGCAAGAGCCCGACAAGGCGCCCCAUGGCUACCGGCCAUACCUCCAUGACACGCCUGGGGAACGCUACCACGCCCCCCCAUGGGACCAAGGAUACCGCGAGCUGCAGCGUCGCUCUGCGUCCCCGGGAGGAGGAGGGAAGGCAGCACACCUCGCGCAAGGCCCUUCCCCCAACCAGACGCUUGCGCCCGGUGUACCGCCCUUGUCUGCCGCGGUGGUAGCCAAGUCGUCGUCGAGCACGACCGACUCGCCGCCCGCCACCAAGCGCCGCAGGACAAAGGGCGGCGCCGACGUCGAGUACGAGGAUCCAUCGGGGGACGUGUCCCGCGGGCCAGUGUUUGUCCACCCGCCCAAGGGCGCCGUGCAGGCGUGUAUCCGAUGCCACCGCAUCAAGCGCAAGUGCGACGGCGCGUGGCCGCGGUGUGCGAGCUGCUCGCGUGCAGACGUUGCAUGUGUCUUUGAGCUGAGUGCUGCGACCAGCAGCUACGUGUCAAAGCUCAAGACGGCGAACGGCGGUCUCGACGCCGAGCUGGCAGCUGCACACGACCGUAUCCGCGAGCUCGAGAUGCAGCUGGACAUGUCGAGCCGCUCGCUCGUGCACCCGCAGCCGCAGCACAUCCACAACAGCAGCAGCAGCAGCCACCACCAGCAAGACGAGCCCCGCAGCCACGAGCACGAAAACGUCCGCGAGGUACUGGGCGAGCGCGAGACACGCAAGACGUCGCCCCCUCUGAGCGGCGGCGAGUUCAACAAGCUCGCCGCGUCGGCGCUCGAGAUCCGUGGUCUGUCUCACCUCGCCCAGUACUAUGCCGACAAGCGCCGCAUGUCGGGGCCCUCGCCCCCGCCCAUGGCGGUGACGGACAUCAUCACAAAGGAACAGGCGCACAGUGCCGUCAUGCACUAUUUCAGCUUCAACGAGCUGGCAUACCCCUUGUUCGACAAGGCCGAGGUCUUUGCGGAAGUUAAGGAGCUGUACGCCGGCGCAGGCAACGACACCAACGAUGCCGACAAUGCCCCCGGCGCCGCGGCCCACAGCGUUGCGAGCGAUGGGUCAGAGGACAUGUCGGACCGCCGCAAGUUUCUCCUGUUCAUGGUCCUCGCUGCGGGCCUGCAGGGCAUGAAGCGGACAGGCGACAAGACGCUGCCGCCUGCACGUGCGCUGUUCAGCGCUGCCAUGCCGCACCGCGCCAAGGCCCUCGGCCGCGAGGACCUUGUCUGCGUCCAGGCUCUGCUCAUCCUGACGCUGUAUGCGACGCAGGAGCCGACGUCGGGAUCCAUGUGGCAGACGCUCGGCCUGGCCGGGCGCGUCAUUACGGCCAUUGGCCUGCACCGCCGUGCCGAGCCACACGUGUCCCCCGAAAUGGCCGAGAAGCGGCGUCGCGUCUUUGUCUCGUUUUACAACCUCGACCGGCUGAUUGCGUUCACGCUGUCCAAGCCGCUCACGAUCGCCGAAAACGACAUUGACAUUGAGCUCCCUACAGACCAGCCCGGAGACGCCGAGUACCGCGGCUACCCGAUGCUCAAGGCCACACGGUACUUGGCGUGGUACCGGCGUAUCCUGGGCCAGACGCUGGUCGCGCUGUACAGCGUCAAGGGGGAGCAAAAUUCGCUUUCGGAGCCCGAGAGACGGGGCAUUAUCAGCGACUUGCACGGCGAGCUCGACAAGUGGACGGCGGCCGUGCCCAAGCCCCGCAAGACGGCCACACACCUGCUCACCAUCAACAUUGACAAGUGGCUCGAAAUCAACUACUACCAGGUCCUGUGCAUGCUCUACCGCCCCUCGCCGCUGUACCCGGAGACGACGCCCACGGCGCUGCGCGCGCUGCACGACGCGUCGUCGCGCGCCGUCGACCUGUACGUUGAAAUGUGGCGCACGAUGAAGGUCUCGUUCAACCUCGUGCAGAUCAUCGGGCUUUUUGUGUGCUCCAUCUCGUUCCUGUGCUGCCUGUGCGAGUGCGACACGCGCAUGCGCGCCGUCGAGGGCACGCCGCACGCCAAGGACACGCGCGACGAAAUUGGCCUCGAGGCAUACAUUGGCGCCGACGACCCGCACUGGCACGCCGAGAUCCGCAACCGCGUCCAGCAGUGUCGCGACCUGUUUGACGCGUUUGGCCGCGACAUUCCCCUGUCGGCAAAGUACCGCGACAUCUUUUCGCGGCUGUCCGAGCUCCUGCUGAGCCGCCACGGGCCGCUGGACCGCGCGUCCGCGUCGUCGACGACCGGGUCGGUCGCCUCGCGCCCGACAUCGUCCAAUGGCGGAACCGCGGCCGCAGGAGGAGGCGGGUACGACCCGGCCGUGAGCGUGCUCAACGCCACGCCGGCGCUCGUGACCGAGCCCCUGCGCGAGGCCCAGGCCAUGCGCGAGGACGUGGCCAUGGACCAUGUCCAGCCGCCCGGCAUCGUCGCCAACCCGGUCCCGGCCAUGGCGCACGAGGACGUGCAGUCCCAGCACCAAACCCAGCUCCAGGCCCAACUCGCGCCGCAGCUCCAGUCCCAGCUCCAGCCCCAACUCCAGGCCCCGCAGCCGCAGCCCCAGCAGCCCCAGCCAUACGACAACCUCUGCGACGCCGGCGUCGGCGACGAAAUCGCCGGCGCAUGGGACGCGAUGACGCAGCUGUGGUACGACCUCGGCGACCUGUUCGGCGACGAGGGCAGCGCCGCCGCGCCGUUCGUGCCCUUUGACGAAGGGUGGGCGGGGGAGCAUACGCAAGUGGGCGAGCCGGUGUGGUGGAACCAGGUGACGUGA